UGAUCUUUUAUGCUUAUAUAAAACAUUCCGUGUGACUUCUCCUACUGUCUGAUGACUUUUACAAUAUUUUUUCUUAUGAAUCAGGGAGGAGAUAUGAACAAUAUUAAUGCUCUAGAGACAGAUGUGAACGGUGAUGAGCAGUAUAAGGAGGACUAUCCUACAGGGAACGAUCUGAUCUAUAUUAAUUCUACAGACAUAAAGGAAGAAGAAGAGACAGAUGUGAGCUGUGAUGAACAGUAUAAGGAGGACAUUCCUACUGGGAAAGAUCUUAAUUAUGUUAAUGCUAAAGACAUAAAGGAAGAAGACACAGAUGUGAGCAGUGAUGAGCAGUAUAAGGAGGACAUUCCUACAGGAAACGAUCUGAUCUAUAUUAUUUCUACAGACAUAAAGGAGGAAGAAGAAGAGACAGAUGUAAGCGGUGAUGAGCAGUAUAAGGAGGAAAUUCCUAUAGCUUACCGCCCAGAUGACUGUACCAGGAGAUCAGAGGAGAAUCUUAUAUCUUCAGAUUAUAAAGCAGAUGAUGAUAUCACACAAGAUACAUAUGAAGAACAUUCCAUUAUCCCAGAUACACCCUCAGCCCUUCACAGCCAAGAUCUGUCAUCUCCUCCUGUUAUACAAGUCCUACCUAAAGAUUCAUCUCAGUCUGUUAAACAAAAUAAGGAAAAACUAUUUUCAUGUCCAGAAUGUGGGAAAUGUUUUACUCGGAAAUCAAAUCUUGUUAAACAUCAAAGAAUUCACACAGGAGAGAAGCCAUUUUCAUGUCCAGAAUGUGGGAAAUGUUUUACUGAGAAAUCACAUCUUGUUAAACAUCAAAGAAUUCACACAGGAGAGAAGCCAUUUUCAUGUCCAGAAUGUGGGAGAUGUUUUAGUCUCAAAUCACAUCUUGUUGAACAUCAAAGAAUUCACACAGGAGAGAAGCCAUUUUCAUGUCCAGAAUGUGGGAAAUGUUUUACCAAGAAAUCAUCUCUUGCUGAUCAUCAAAGAAUUCACACAGGAGAAAAGCCAUUUUCAUGUGCAGAAUGUGGGAGAUAUUUUAGUCACAAAUCACAUCUCGUUAUACAUCAAAGAAUUCACACAGGAGCGAAGCCAUUUUCAUGUGAAGAAUGUGGGAAAUGUUUUACCAAGAAAUCAACUCUUGUGAGACAUCAACAAAUUCACACAGGAGAGAAGCCAUUUCCAUGUCAAGAAUGUGGGAAAUGUUUUACCAAGAAAUCAUCUCUUGCUGAUCAUCAAAGAAUUCACACAGGAGCGCAGCCAUUUUCAUGUGCAGAAUGUGGGAGAUGUUUUACCAUGAAAUCAACUCUUGUGAGACAUCAACAAAUUCACAUAGGAGAAAAGCCAUUUUCAUGUCCAGAAUGUGGGAAAUGUUUUACCAAGAAAUCAUCUCUUGCUGUUCAUCGAAGAAUUCACACAGGAGAAAAGACAUUUUCAUGUGCAGAAUGUGGGAGAUGUUUUAGUCACAAAUCAGAUAUUUUUGAACAUCAAAGAAUUCACAUAGGAGAGAAGCCAUUUUCAUGUUCAGAAUGUGGAAAAUGUUUUACACAACAGCCAAGUCUUGUUACACAUCAAAGAACUCAAGGUGAGAAACCAUUUUCAUGUUCAGAAUGUGGGAAAUGUUUUACUGACAAAUCAUAUCUUAGUCAACAUCAAAGAACUCACACAAGGGAGAAGCCAUUUUCAUGUUCAGAAUGUGGGAAAUGUUUUACUCAGAAAUCCGAUCUUGUUAAGCAUCAAAUAAUUCACACAGGACAGAAGCAAUUUUCAUGUUCAGAAUGUGGGAAAUGUUUUACUCAGAAAUCAAUACUUAUCAGACAUCUAAGAAUUCACACAGUAGAGAAGACAAUUCAGAGCAAUAAACAGUUCAACUACGCACCAAGGCCAUCAUUGACUCCACCAGCAAUAAGCAACUUUGAUUCUACGCAACACUGCAAGACUGAAUCAGAACCUCAGGGUAGGAAGUCAAGUGGUCACAUCCUCAGAGACCAAUCUGCCAACCUGACAAGAGUGCAAACGGAUGCUGAUGUACUCCCUCCUCAAGCAAAUACAAGUCUGGAUUAUAGCAGAAAGACUUACAACAGAGGAGAACAAAGCAGACUUAGUCAAGUGCCUCAUCAGCCUUACCAGCCGCAGCCAUACCCUGAGUUUACACCCAGGAAGUAUUCACCAGAUGCAGCAAGAGCUACAGAGAGGAUAGAAAACUAUCCAAGAAUGACAAACAAAGACAAUCAAAAGCUGAGAGGGUUUGGGGACCUACUCUUAGAAAUAGAAGCCGCUAAGUCUAGUGGAUAUCUGCCAGGUCUCUCAUACUUAGAUACAGCACGUGGAGUUGAUCACAUAAUCAAGAAACUUCCUUUCAACUUGCAGGAAAGGUGGGUCACUCAAGCAUCAAGAUACAAGAAAGAUCAUCGAGUCGCAUUUCCACCGUUCACCUUCCUUGCUGAAUUCAUCGUGGACCAAGCUGAAACACGCAAUGAUCCAAGCUUUGCUUUCCUGAACAAGAGAACUGCAAGCUCCCCAAAGAGAAGAGAAAUAUGCAUAUUCUCUGAUGCCUCGACUAUGGCUAUCGCAUCUGUCGCCUACCUUAGGGUAAUAGACACUGAGGGACAAAGCCAUGUCGGGUUCCUCAUGGGAAAAUCUAAGCUGGCUCCCAGACCCGCUCACACUGUCCCACGUCUAGAACUUUGUGCUGCUGUCUUAGCUGUAGAGAUGGCAGACAUGAUUACAACAGAACUGGACAUCGAGAUCCAUGCAAUUAACUUUUAUACAGACAGCAAGAUUGUCACAGACAAGAACCCAGCUGAUCAUGGGACAAGAUUGGUGCCAGCUACUGCACUCAAGCAAACUAACUGGUUCGUAGGUCCAUCCUUUCUUCGUAAACCAGAAACCAAAGAAACUACUCAGGUAGAGACCUUUCAGCUCGUAGAACCAGAUCAAGACAAAGAGGUAAGACCUCAAGUGACAGUUUGUAGGACUUUAGUUACAAGAGACAGUCUGGGCGCCCAUAGAUUUGAAAGGUUUUCCAGCUGGAAGUCGCUGACCCGUGCAAUUGGAAAACUUAUCUGUCUAGCCAGAUCCUCCUGCAGAGCUACGAAUACUGAUCAGCGUAGCAACGACCACCUUGAACAAGCCAAGGUCACGAUCAUCAGAUGCGUCCAACAGGAAGUCUUUAAAGAAGAAAUCCAAGGCCUUCUGAAAAAGGAAGAGAUUUCUCAACACAAUUCGCUCAAGGACUUGUACACCAAGCAAUGGAAACAAGUUCAAAGUCUUGCGGACAUUUUCUGGAAGAGAUGGAGACAGGAAUACCUGGUGACACUCCAGCCACGCAAGAAAUGGCAAGAUGACAAGCCCAAUUUACAAGUUGGAGACGUUGUUUUACUGAAAGACUCUCAGGCCCACAGGAACGAGUGGCCUAUUGGACUCAUUGAUAUGAACAAUAUUAAUGCUCCAGAGACAGAUGCGAGCAGUGAUGAGCAGUAUAAGGAGGACAUUCCUACAGGGAAAGAUGUGAUCUAUAUUCAUUCUACAGACAUAAAGGAAGAAGAAGAAGAGACAUAUAUGAGUGGUAAAGAGCAGUAUAAGGAGGACAUUCCUACUGGGAAAGAACUGAACUCUGUUAAUGCUACAGACAUAAAGGAAGAAGAAGAGACAGAUGAGAGCGGUGAUGAGCAGUAUAAGGAGGACAUUCCUACAGGAAACGAUCUGAUCUAUAUUCAUUCUACAGACAUAAAGAAAGAAGAUAAGACUGAUACGAGGGGUGAUGAGCAGUAUAAGGAGGACAUUCUUAGAGGGAAAGAUCUGAACUAUGUUAAUGCUACAGACAUAAAGGAAGAAGAAAAGACAGAUGUGAGCGGUGAUAAGCAGUAUAAGGAGAACAUACCUACAGGGAAAGAUCUAACCUAUGUUAAUACUACAGACAUAAAGGAAGAAGAAGAAACAGAUGUGAGCAGUAAUGAGCAGUAUAUGAAGGACAUUCCUACAGGAAACAAUCUGAUCUAUAUUAACUCUACAGACAUAAAAAAGGAAGAAGAAGAAGAGACAGAUGUAAGCGGUGAUCAGCAGUAUAAGGGGGAAAUUCCUAAAGCUUCCUGCCCAGAUGACUGCACCAGGAGAUCAGAGGAGAAUCUUAUAUCUUCAGAUUAUAAAGCAGAUGAUGAUAUCACACAAGAUACAUAUGAAGAACAUUCCAUUAUCCCAGAUACACCCUCAGCCCUUCACAGCCAAGAUCUGUCAUCUCAUCCUGUUAUACAAGUCCGACCUAAAGAUUCCUCUCAGUCUGUUAAACAAAAUAAGGAAAAGCGAUUUUCAUGUCCAGAAUGUGGGAAAUGUUUUACUGUGAAAUCACAUCUUGUUAAACAUCAAAGAAUUCACACAGGAGAGAAGCCAUUUUCAUGUCCAGAAUGUGGGAAAUGUUUUACUGAGAAAUCACAUCUUGUUAAACAUCAAAGAAUUCACACAGGAGAGAAGCCAUUUUCAUGUCCAGAAUGUGGGAGAUGUUUUAGUCACAAAUCAUAUCUUAUUGAACAUCAAAGAAUUCACACAGGAGAGAAGCCAUUUUCAUGUCCAGAAUGUGGGAAAUGUUUUAUUGUGAAAUCACAUCUUGUUAUACAUCAAAGAAUUCACACAGGAGAGAAGCCAUUUUCAUGUCCAGAAUGUGGGAAAUGUUUUACUGUGAAAUCAAAUCUUGUUAAACAUCAAAGAAUUCACACAGGAGAGAAGCCAUUUUCAUGUGCAGAAUGUGGGAGAUGUUUUAGUCACAAAUCACAUCUUGUUGAACAUCAAAGAAUUCACACAAGAGAGAAGCCAUUUUCAUGUUCAGAAUGUGGGAAUUGUUUUACUCAGAAAUCAACUCUUUUUGAACAUCAAAGAAUUCACACAGGAGAGAAACCAUUUUCAUGUUCAGAGGAGAAUCUUAUAUCUUCAGAUUAUAAAGCAGAUGAUGAUAUCACACAAGAUACAUAUGAAGAACGUUCCAUUAUCCCAGAUACACCCUCAGCCCUUCACAGCCAAGAUCUGUCAUCUCCUCCUGUUAUACAAGUCCAACCUAAAGAUUCAUCUCAGUCUGUUAAACAAAAUAAGAAAAAGCAAUUUUCAUGUCCAGAAUGUGGGAAAUGUUUUACUGUGAAAUCACAUCUUGUUAAACAUCAAAGAAUUCACACAGGAGAGAAGCCAUUUUUAUGUCCAGAAUGUGGGAAAUGUUUUACUGAGAAAUCACAUAUUGUUAAACAUCAAAGAAUUCACACAGGAGAGAAGCCAUUUUCAUGUCCAGAAUGUGGGAAAUGUUUUACUGUGAAAUCACAUCUUGUUAUACAUCAAAGAAUUCACACAGGAGAGAAGCCAUUUUUGUGUCCAGAAUGUGGGAAAUGUUUUACUGUGAAAUCACAUCUUGUUAAACAUCAAAGAAUUCACACAGGAGAGAAGCCAUUUUCAUGUCCAGAAUGUGGGAAAUGUUUUAGUCACAAAUCAGAUCUUGUUAAACAUCAAAAAAUUCACACAGGAGAGAAGCCAUUUGCAUGUGCAGAAUGUCGGAGAUGUUUUAGUCACCAAUCACAUCUUGUUGAACAUCAAAGAAUUCACACAGUAGAGAAACCAUUUUCAUGUUCAGAAUGUGGGAAAUGUUUUACCAAGAAAUCAUCUCUUGCUUAUCAUCAAAUAAUUCACACAGGAGAGAAGCCAUUUUCAUGUGCAGAAUGUGGGAAAUGUUUUAGUCACAAAUCAGAUCUUGUUAAACAUCAAAGAAUUCACACAGGAGAGAAGCCAUUUUCAUGUGCAGAAUGUGGGAGAUGUUUUAGUCACAAAUCACAUCUUGUUGGACAUCAAAGAAUUCACACAGGAGAGAAGCCAUUUUCAUGUGCAGAAUGUGGGAGAUGUUUUAGUCACAAAUCAGAUCUUGUUAAACAUCAAAGAAUUCACACAGGAGAGAAGCCAUUUUCAUGUGCAGAAUGUCUGAGAUGUUUUGGUCACAAAUCACAUCUUGUUGAACAUCAAAGAACUCACACAGGGGAGAAGCCAUUUUCAUGCACAGAAUGUAGGAAAUAUUUUACUAGAAAAUCAAUACUUAUUGGACAUCUAAAAAUACACUCAGGAGAAAAGCUAUAUUCAUGCUCAGAAUGUGGGAAAUGUUUUACUCACAGGUCAACACUUAUCAGACAUGAAAGAAUUCACACAGGAAAAAAGCCAUUUUCAUGUUCAGAAUGUAGAAAAUGUUUUACUCAGAGGUCAACACUUAUCAGACAUGAAAGAAUUCACACAGGAGAGAAGACAAUUGAGAGCGAUAUGAACAAUAUUAAUGCUCUAGAGACAGAUGUGAGCGGUGAUGAGCAGAAUAAGGAGGACAUUCCUACAGGGAAAGAUCUGAUCUAUAUUAAUGCUACAGACAUAAAGGAAGAAGAAGUAGAGACAGAUGUGAGCGGUGAUGAGCAGUAUAUGGGGGACGUUCCUACAGGGAAAGAUCUGAUCUAUAUUAAUGCUACAGACCUAAAGGAAGAAGAAGAAGAGACAGAUGUGAGCGGUGAGGAGCAGUAUAAGGAGGACAUUCCUACAGGGAAAGAUCUGAACUAUGUUAAUACUACAGACAUAAAGGAAGAAGAAGAGACAGAUGUGAGCAGUAAUGAGCAGUAUAUGGAGGACAUUGCUACAGGGAAAGACCUGAACUAUGUUAAUACUACAGACGUAAAGGAAGAAGGCGAGACAGAUGUGAGCGGUGAUGAGCAGUAUACGGAGGACAUUUCUACCGGAAAAGAUCUGAACUAUGUUAAUACUACAGACAUAAAGAAGGAAGAAGAAGAAGAGACAGAUGUAAGCGGUGAUGAGCAGUAUAAGGAGGAAAUUUCUAUAGCUUACCGCCCAGAUGACUGUACCAGGAGAUCAGAGGAGAAUCUUAUAUCUUCAUAUUAUAAAGCAGAUGAUGAUAUCACACAAGAUACAUAUGAAGAACAUUCCAUUAUCCCAGAUACACCCUCAGCCCUUCACAGCCAAGAUCUGUCAUCUCCUCCUGUUAUACAAGUCCAACCUAAAGAUUCAUCUCAGUCUGUUAAACAAAAUAAGGAAAAGCGAUUUUCAUGUCCAGAAUGUGGGAAAUGUUUUACUUGGAAUUUCAAUCUUGUUAAGCAUCAAAGAACUCACACAGGAGAGAAGCCAUUUUCAUGUCCAGAAUGUGGGAGAUGUUUUACUGAGAAAUCAACUCUUGUGAAACAUCAACGAAUUCACACAGGAGAGAAGCCAUUUUCAUGUUCAGAAUGUGGGAAAUGUUUUACCAAGAAAUCCUCUCUUGCUGAUCAUCAAAGAAUUCACACAGGAGAGAAGCCAUUUUUAUGUGCAGAAUGUGGGAGAUGUUUUAUUUACAAAUCACGUCUUGUUAAACAUCAAAGAAUUCACACAGGAGAGAAGCCAUUUUCAUGUCCAGAAUGUGGGAGAUGUUUUACCGAGAAAUCAACUCUUGUGAAACAUCAACGAAUUCACACAGGAGAAAAGCCGUUUUCAUGUGCAGAAUGUGGGAGAUGUUUUAGUCACAAAUCAGAUCUUGUUAAUCAUCAUAGAAUUCACACAGGAGAGAAGCCAUUUUCAUGUGCAGAAUGUGGGAGAUGUUUUACCGAUAAAUCAACUCUUGCUAAUCAUCAACGAAUUCAUACAGGAGAGAAGCCAUUUUCAUGUGCAGAAUGUGAGAGAUGUUUUAUUAGCAAAUCAUAUCUUGUUAAGCAUCAAAAAAAUCACACAGGAGAGAAGCCAUUUUUAUGUACAGAAUGUGGAAAACAUUUUAUCCAGAAAUCAUCUCUUGUGUGUCAUCAACGAAUUCACACAGGAGAGAAGCCAUUUUCAUGUGCAGAAUGUGGGAGAUGUUUUAGUCACAAAUCACAUCUUGUUAAACAUCAACAAAUUCACACAGGAGAGAAGCCAUUUUCAUGUGCAGAAUGUGGGAGAUGUUUUAGUCACAAAUCAAAUCUUGUUAUUCAUCAAAGAAUUCACACAGGAGAGAAGCCGUUUUCAUGUCCAGAAUGUGGGAAAUGUUUUUCUGUGAAAUCAGAUCUUGUUAAACAUCAAAGAAUUCACACAGGAGAGAAGCCUUUUUCAUGUCCAGAAUGUGGGAAAUGUUUUUCUGUGAAAUCAGAUCUUAUCAGACAUACAAGAAUUCACACAAGAGAGAAGACAAUUCUGAGAAAUAAAUGAUACAGAUAACACGUCAUGGAUCAACCAGGGGACAGGGAGAGUGAUCCCUAAACUGAACCUAAAACCACUCUCCCUGCCUACUUUCCCAUCCACCCUAAUCGGUGAAUCGACAACUGGGAGCCAGUCCCUUCCUGCGCUAAAGUGCAGUGGCGUAAAAACAAAUAAACUUAGUCGGUCAUAGGCCAGAAACAGGAAAACUACCAGAUAUUCCAGACAGAAUACAAAUACUAACUGAGCAGAAUAUAGGGAAUUAACAAACAGUUCAUAAACCCGGAUAUCAGAUGAACGGCAGACAUGAAAAGAUGAACAAGACUAGGCAGAAUAUGAGUAUACAGCAAAAUUCAGGAGAUGAAGGGGAUGAACAGAAGAACUGAGAGCCAAAACACUAAACUGAACAGGUAACAUAGAACACUGUUCACACUGGGAAACAGAACAUACAAACUGGAUUUCAUAAAAAAAGGAUAUAAGAACUCCAAACUCUACAAUGUAGAGGAACUCUGGUCAGGAUACUAGACAGGAUAUUUCUCAAGAUACAAAACUAGAAUCGGAUGAGUCCGAAUAGACUCCAGAAUACCAAACAAGUUACAAACAGGAUAUAAAUAUACAGGGCACAGGUAACAUGCAAGACUCAGACAUAGUGUGAACAGAUACAUAACAGAAAGGAUAUACAAAUCCUAAAACCGACAAAUGUAACACAGACUAAAAUAUACAAAGGACAAGACUAUUUAACCAUGGCUAAAACUCUGGCUUAAAAUACACACCCUAGUUCCAAUUGGUUCAGCGCAUUAAAUGGGUACU